AUGAAAUUUUUGGCUCUAAUAUCAGGGGGAAAGGACUCAUUUUACAAUGUUUUACAUUGUUUGAAGAAUAAUCACGAAUUGAUCGCACUGGGGAAUCUAUACCCAAUGGAGUCAGAAAAACAAGAAUUAGACUCUUUCAUGUUCCAAACAGUGGGGCACGAUUUAAUAAAUCAUUAUUCCGAAUGUGUUGGUGUCCCGCUAUUUAGACGUCCGAUAUUAAGCAACACUUCUAAAAAUGUCGAGCUGAAUUAUACAGCCACUCAGGAUGAUGAAAUUGAAGAGCUGUAUGAACUUUUGAAAACUGUUAAAGACCGAAUCCCAACUUUAGAAGCCGUUAGUGUAGGGGCCAUUUUAUCGUCCUACCAGAGAACCAGGGUGGAAAAUGUCUGUUCCAGAUUGAAUCUUGUAGUGCUAGCUUAUUUAUGGCAAAGAGACCAAGCUGAAUUGAUGGAUGAAAUGUGUUUGAUGUCUAAGGACAUUGAAGAUGGUGAAAGAGAUACCAGCUCGGGAAAUAAAUUUGACGCAAGAAUUAUCAAAGUGGCUGCAAUCGGAUUGAAUGACAAACAUUUAGGCAUGUCUCUGCCCAUGAUCGUACCAGUUCUACACAAGCUAAACAGACUUUAUCAAGUACAUAUUUGUGGCGAGGGUGGAGAAUUCGAAACGAUGGUCCUGGAUGCACCCUUCUUCAAGCGAGGAUAUUUAAAGCUAAUCGAUGCGGUGAAAUCCAGUGACGGUGACGUUCACAAUGCACGGUUAAAAGUAGAAUUUCAACCGCGCAUUCUUAGCAAGGAAUUUUUACAGACCCAAUUAAAGCAAUUACCUACGCCUUCGAUUUUCCAUCAUGAUUGGUUAGAAUUAUCCCGAGUAUUGAGAGAACAACGAAUUGAAAUAAGAAAAAGAGAGUUUGCUAACCCAAUAUCAAGAAAUCUAAUAUCAGCGUCGAUCAAUAAAGUGAAUGACAAGUUGUACAUCUCAAACCUACAAGCGCAUGAAAGAAAAUCGGUUGAAGAACAAUGUCAAGACAUUUUUGCUGAAUUGGCUGCUAUUCUGCGCUCCAAUGGGACAUCGCGCAAUCAUAUUUUAUCAUCAUCAUUAAUUGUCAGAGAUAUGUGUGAUUUCGGCAAAAUAAAUAACAUUUACAAUGAGUUCCUAGAUUUGACAAAGUACGGUCCGUUGCCACCAUCGAGAGCAUGCGUAGGUUCUAGAUGCCUACCCGAGAAUUGCCACCUGCAGUUAUCAGUCGCUAUUGACAUAAGAGACACUAGCGGCGAUAAAAUUAGCAAGAACAAGGGUGGGUUACAUGUUCAAGGACGUUCAUAUUGGGCCCCAUGCAAUAUCGGACCAUAUUCUCAAAGUAUUUGGCUAACCGAUGACCCAAACCAAGUAAGUUUUAUUAGUGGUCAAAUUGGACUAGCACCACAGUCUAUGGAAAUAGUGGAAAAGAAUCCUCUUGAUCAAAUGAUAUUGGCGUUACAACAUUUUGAUACCCUUUGUAAAACAAUAGGCGCUCAAAAGAAAUUGUUUGUGACAUGUUAUAUUUCAGACGAGUCCAUAAUCGACAAUGCUUGCAAAGCAUGGGCACUUUACUGCUCAGAAAUGAGUUGUGAGUCAGAUCUAUGGAUGAACAAAAUUGACGAUGAUAAAGAAUGCUUAAUUCUUGUGAAGAUUUCUGAACUACCUAGAGGUGCAGUUGCCGAAUGGGGUGGUAUUACCUGCAAGGAAUCGUUUAUAGAUGAUGAUGGUGAGGAAAAACAGAGCGAAGUGAGCGAAUAUUUCUCACGCAAGUUCCUAAAACUAAAUUUGAAUACCGAAGGUUUACAUAACGUUACAGUUAGUUCUUCCGGGUUGCAUAGACAGUUUACUACAAUAUUUUCAGAUGACAAAGAGGAGUUAUCACAAAUUCUAGAAAAAACGUCAAGAUCAGCUCAGGUAGCUCUCUAUUUCAACCCCGAAGAAAGGAUUGCCGUCCAUGAUAACGUGGAAUAUUAUCCGGUAGAAAAGAUUUUUGAUCAUCAUGGUAAGGAACAUCGUUUUGGGUUACAUAUUCGUUUUUAA